UGGCCCACUCGGCAAGCGAAGGCACAAUGUCGCCUUUCACUUUCCUGAUUCACUUCACCGCAGGCUUCACCCGUAUAAUGUUUUCGCUUCGCUUAUUGUCCUUCUUAAUCACCUGCUGUGCGCUCUCUUCUAUUGUCAUGUUGGCAUACACGACCCGCCUUUGUAUAGAAUCCACCCGGCGUCCAAACGCCCACCAGCAGCGCACUCUCUCCCUCAAGCUCGCUUUUCUUGUCAGACGACGAUUUUCUCUUCACACACACAUCUUGUCUAAUUCAUUAUACCAGCCAACAUGUUCCCAAAGAAUAUCAUGGACCACUUCUGGGACACGUUGAUCAAUGCUGCUGGCGUAUUUACGCCCGGGUUGCCCAACUACGCUCCUCAGCAAUCCGCAACCUUUGUCCCAUUGCCCAAGGUCUAUACAUUGGAAUGGACGGAGCCGGCUUCACUAGGUAAUGGCAAGACCGACUUUCCGCCCUCUGACAAAGAGGCAAUCGAUAUCUGCGAUCCGCAGGUCAAUCCUGCUCUCCAUAAGUCCGCCCUCGACAUUGUUCGCCUUUCCAAUGACUACUUCUUCAAGUCCGGCUGCCGAAGCAACCUCGAAAACGCCUAUCCGAAGCAUGAACGUGUGAUGGAGCUGGCUCUCAAAUUCAACGAAGACUUCGAGGUCCACAAGUACCCCCUGCCACCUGAUCUUCGAAUCCUUUGGGCUACAGACAGAGACUACCACCCUUCCGACAAGGCCGUGCCAUGGCCGAAUAGACUUUGGAUCGUCGCUUGUGAGACCUUCAUCUAUGUCAACGACGCCGAGAAGCGCAUGCUUCGGACUCGAACUGAGGCAGAACAGCAAAAGCGGUACGCUGCCUCCUUCUCCGAUGUCGUUGAUUAUAACGAAUUCCUCGUCGACAUGUUCAUGACGUACCUCGCCCACCUCGAGGGGGAUCUGGCCAACUGCAUCGACGAACAACCUUCCAACGCCGAAUUCGACGCCUUAUUCAACAAGCGCGUUAAUAAGAACAGCAUAACUCUGUACGACCUCCACCGCACCUUCCCUGAUGUUCGGGACAUCCAAGAUUUCCUCCGCCGCGUCGAAUAUUUCGCUGUUUUUGACCCAAGUCCUCAAGCAUCCUUCGGAUCUUCUGUCGUCCCUGAAGGCGCUUACUUCCGCAAACCAAUCCCCUCGACGUCGCAGAUCGUAAAAGCGCUCCACUCGCCGAUGACGCUGCCCCAGAUCUUCGAGUCUCUCGCCAAGCUUUACCCUGAGUACGCCCACGGCGUGGGCUCUCAGGAAGCCGUCCUGCACCGCCUCAUCGAGUUCGCUUCCCCGGACGUCACUACCCGCAAGUUCAUCCGGAAGACCACUGCGCUUCCCAACGAAGCCGAGAUCUGGGAGGCCUUGGAGAAUGGCCCGCUCUCUAUUAAUCGUCUCGCAGCUUGUUUCCCGAACCGGAUCACCUCUAUUGAGGAGUUCACCACCACCGUGAGGAAUUCAGAGGUGGCAUAUCAUGAAGACCCUCUGGUGUACGGUGAUUGUACGGCUCGGGUGUUCCUGCAGUUCUUCAGCAAAGCAGGUCCUGUAACAGCAUCGUCUUAGCAAGCGGUUUGAGACCGUUAACAUCAUUUUUGCGAGCAGCUUUUCUGUACAACAGCAGCUAAAAUUCUCAUGUACUAUGAAAAAUCCUACUCCAUGUUUCAAGCCUCUCCUCUUUGCUUAGUGCCACAUCGUCUCUUCAUCUAUUCCACCGUCAAUAUCCCCACUCCGCCAAUGGCAUCAAAUUCUCCUCCACCGUCUGCUUCAAAUUCACCCAUCCCCCAUUCGUGCCCCACUUCUUCAACAGCUCCACCUGCUGCUCUGUAUCCGUUGUCAAACUCAGCUUCGUCAGACCAGGCAUAUCAUCAAUAAACCUGCGCUCCGGAAGCUGGGCCCGCAUGAUGGGCAGCAUGUCGUUGUAGUUGCAAAAGUGUGCCCAGGUGUU